GCUCCUUACCCUUGAGUCGUUAAGUUUUGGAUAUGUUACAGUGCUGAGUUUAGGUCUGGAAGAAGGUGGGGAGAAGAAGAUUGUUCUGAAAUCACAGAAGCGACAAUGCUUUCGAAGAUAUCAUCAUCCCUAUUUUCACCCAAACUCAAACUCAAACUCAAACUCAAACCCAAACCCUUUUAUUCUUUUAUUCUUUCUCGUUCAGCAGCCACUCUCACUGUCAGAAACAGUAAGGAAAAGGCAAAAGCAGCGUUGGCAAAGGAGAAGCGAAGGACUCGUUCGACCAAAGAAUUCAACAAAGACGCAAUAAUUGAACAGUGUUUGAUUGGAGAAUCACACACUCAUCAUAUUCCCGUGAUGCUGGCUGAAGUGUUGGACGUCUUCUCCAACACUCGCUUAACCUCCUUCGUCGAUUGCACUCUCGGAGCCGCCGGUCACUCCGCUGCGCUCCUUAGGGCCCAUCCCGAGUUGACCCAUUUUGUUGGGCUCGACGUGGACCCUCUGGCCCAUCACAUGGCCCAAUCUCGCCUCCAUGCCGCUUCCGAUAGUUCUGUCAAUGUGUUCACUGUGUUAAGGAAUUUUAGACACAUAAAGGGUGUUCUUAGAGAGACUGGUUCCCAACAACUCUUGGGUGUUGAUGGCAUCUUGAUGGACUUGGGAAUGUCCUCUAUGCAGGUGGACAAUCCCCAGAGAGGAUUCAGUGUGCUUGCUGAUGGACCCCUUGAUAUGCGCAUGGAUCCUCAGGCAAGUCUUAAAGCAGAAGACAUAUUAAAUUCUUGGCCAGAUUCUGAAGUGGGCCGUAUCCUAUGGGAGUAUGGAGAAGAAAGUAAUUGGCGUACUCUGCAAAAGAAAAUUGUCGAAGCCAGAUUACGCGGUGGAUUGCAUUCCACUACUGACUUGCUAGAUCUUAUUCAGCGUGUGACUCCUGCAAUAAAAGGUGGAAGGCAGGGUUGGAUAAAGACAGCAACCAGGGUGUUUCAAGCUCUGAGAAUCGCUGUUAAUGAUGAACUGAAGACUCUUGAGGAUUCCCUAUAUUCUUGUUUUGACUGCCUUGCACCUGGGGGUAGGCUUGCUGUCAUAUCUUUUCAUAGUUUAGAGGACAGAAUUGUGAAGCAGACAUUUCUUGAUAUAAUUAAAGGGAGUGAAGAUGUGGAAGAAGGUGAGAGCAUCAACCAUGACUUGAGAAAGACUAUUGAGGAAGUCAAAGCAAAAGAAGCAUGGAUAAGACAAGUAAUAUGUGGAUCAAAUGGAACAAUUCUCACAAAAAGACCAAUCACGCCAUCAGGAGAAGAAGAAAAAUUGAACCGCCGAAGUAGAAGUGCAAAGCUCAGGGUUAUUCAAAAGCAUUGAAGAUGAAAUAUGACAAAUUGUUGUCUGGGGUAUAGCCCUUAGAAAUCGCUGUAUUCAUAAACUUGUCUGUACUUGACUGUCCUGCAUAUUCAUCUUUAGGAUAAAAAAAAGAAACAUUCACUUUUCAUUGACUU